UACACGGAAUAAUUGCCCUGGCGUCAACCAUGCGGGCUCACCAAUGGUAAUAACAAUGUCCGUUUCUUCCUAGCUUCUUCCUUGAGCACAAUCUCCGGUCUCGCGACUUUCCAUUCUUCGAUCAAAAUUUUCUUAUCAUCUCAAAAUUCCCAAUUCACACAUGAAUUUUCUAACCCCUCUGUUACGUUUUUCAAUACAUUUAUCCUCUUAAUCGCCUCUCUUUCUUGCGACAAAAGCUAAGCACAGAAUCAAAAUCGAAUCCAAAAAAUUUCAAGCCAUUUCUCAUGCAUACAUACAUACAAAAACCCAAUUCAUGGAUUUCAAAUUACGAUCGGUUUGAUGGAGAUAGAUCUUGAAUGAUCGCUGUGAAAACGAUCCCAGACGUUGGAUUUUUGGUGAUCGGUUGUGAUGGAGGUCUCGUCGGAUCACCGGUGCCGGAGACAGGGCUGUCAGAGAUGGCGGUGCAGCGAGAGGGCUUUGACGGGAAGGCCGUAUUGCGAGAACCAUUACGAUCAGCUGAAGAAAGCGAGUAUGAAGAAAAUCGUGAGAAAAUUUGAUGAAGAAGGAAGGUCGAGUGGUGGAUCCGAGAGGAGAGCGAAGAUUAAGAGGGGGUGUUCGGAUGAUGAAGAAGCGUGUGGGACUGAGAUUGAAUUGAAGCAACAGCUCUUGAUGUUUAAGGCAGAGAAAGUUAAUAAGAAAAUGUUGAAUUCCGGUGAGAAAAUCAGUGAGAAAAUGUUUAAUUCUGGUGAGAAUAUGAAGAAGAUUCGUGGGUUGGAAAAGAGAAAGUCGUCGACAGUCAUUGGAUUGGAUAAAACAAAUGAAAACAAGGAGCGGGUGAGUUUAAUGUGUCAUCAAUGUUUUCGGAAUGAUAAGGAUGGUGUUGUCGUAUGUUCCAGUUGUAAAAGGAAACGCUACUGCUAUGAGUGUCUUGCAAAGUGGUAUCCUGAAAAAACAAGAGAGGACGUUGAGAAUGCAUGUCCAUUUUGUUGUGGCAACUGCAAUUGCAAAGCUUGCUUACGGGAGUAUUUGUCUGCGAAGGUUUGUGAUAAAGAACUGGAUAACGGUACCAAAUUUCAGCGAUUGCAGCACCUGCUACAUAAAGCUCUGCCUGUUCUCAGGCAUAUAUAUGGGGAGCAGAACUCUGAAGUAGAUAUAGAAGCCAAAAUACAAGGUAAUAAAAGAGGUAUCCAGUUGGAAGAAAAGGAUAUAACAAGGUCUAAACUUGGCAUCGAUGAGCGUUUAUACUGCGACAAUUGCAGUACAUCCAUUGUUGAUUUUUACCGAAGCUGCCCCAACCCUGGUUGUUCCUAUGAUCUGUGUCUCACUUGUUGUCAUGAACUAAGAGAGGGUUGCCAACCUGGAGGUACUGAAGCAGAAACAUCUCACGAACAAUUUGUAGAAAGAAAACAUGGUCCAAUGACAGUUGGGGAGCAUCAAACUAUUGCAGAAAGAAAAAGAUACCGGCGGGAGAGACAAAUGGUGUCUGCUGCCAAUAAUAAUGAAGCUUAUGUGUCUUGUCAAUUUCCUGUUUGGAGAGCUAAUACUGAUGGUGGAAUUCCAUGCCCGCCAAAAGAGCGUGGAGGUUGCGGAACUGCAAAUUUGGUGCUGAGACGCAAUUUCAAAGCUAACUGGGUAAUGAAGUUGAUUAAGAAUGCAGAGGACCUUACUAGAAAUUAUCAGUCGCUCAAGGUUGAUUUUUCUCAAAGAUGUUCUUUGUGCCCACCAAAUGGUUCCGAAGGGAACAGCAAAAUAGAUUGUAAAAUCAGGCAGGCAGCUUUCAGAGAGAACAGUCAUGAUAACUUUUUGUACUGUCCAAAUGCUGUCAACAUGGAAGAUCAUGACAUUGAGCAUUUCCAGCAACACUGGAGGAAAGGUGAGCCUGUGAUUGUUAGAAAUGUUCUUGACAGGACGUCUGGCCUCAGUUGGGAACCAAUGGUUAUGUGGAGAGCUCUUAGAGAAAAAGGUGCCAAGGGAAAGUUCAAAGAGGAGACAACAAGCGUAAAGGCCCUUGAUUGCUUGGAUUGGUGUGAGGUUGAGAUUAAUAUUCACCAAUUCUUCAAGGGAUACUUGGAGGGUCGUAUGCAUAAGAGUGGGUGGCCAGAGAUGUUGAAGCUGAAGGACUGGCCCCCCUCAGCUUUAUUUGAAGAGCGCUUACCCAGGCAUGGUGCUGAAUUUAUUGCAGCACUGCCCUAUAGUGACUAUACUGAUCCAAAAUCAGGUCUUCUGAACAUUGCUACAAAGCUUCCUCAUGAAAUGCUGAAACCUGACUUGGGACCCAAAACAUAUAUUGCAUAUGGAUUUUCUGAUGAACUUGGUAGAGGUGAUUCAGUUACAAAACUCCAUUGUGAUAUGUCUGAUGCGGUGAAUGUACUAACUCAUGUAGCUAAGGUUAAGGUUGCUAAUUGGCAACAUGAACGCAUAAAAAAAACGAGGAAGAAAUAUGCAGCUGAAGACUUACGUGAACUCUAUGGUGGAAAAGAUGAGGUGGUUGGAUUUAUUAGACAGUCACUGAAGAGACAUCGUGCCCAUGAUAAUGUGGAUGCUGAACAUGCAAACAGGGGGGAAAUUGUUUCAGCUGAUGGCAUAUUAAUAGAGGGACAAGAAGUUAAGAGUACUAAGGUUCAGAUUCCUGAUCGCCAAAAGCACAAGACUAACCAAGCCAACUCUUCAAGAUGCAAUGGCAUUUAUGAAACUGAUUCACCAGUACAAAAUAAUGAUGACACGAUGCAUCAACUGGGUAAGCAGCAUGCUGAAUUUAAGGAAAACUCUUCACCAUGCAAUGGAGCCGACAAGGAUGAUGUGUCUACUCAGUGUGUCAUUGCAAAAUCAAGGACAUUCAAUCAUUGUGAGCUAAACGAAUCCAUGGAUAGGAGUGUGAAGAAAGGAAUUGAAUGCCUCUCAGAAAAGGAUCAACUAGAUGAACACAUUGACUUUGUUGACCGGGAUUCAUCUUUGACUGAAAAGAUGUUCAGGAAGUCAAUAAAACAGGGAGGAGAUCAGGCCAAAAAGGAAAGUUUCAGUAGUUCCAAUUGUAGGGAUUUGGAUUGGAAAAAAUUUUCCUCCCGAAAUGAGAUUGGCCUGACCUCCAAUUUUCCUUGCAUUGAAGAUUUACAUUCAGCAAAUGGACUUGAAGCUGAAAACAAACUUGCCGCUGAGAGAGAUACGUCCAAUCAAGAAUCUAUCCGUUCUUUUAGCAAUGUAGUGGCAAGGAGGCUUACCAAUGGGAAAGAUGGUUUGAGGAUUUCUUUUGCAGGUGAUGAUGGAGUUAUUGAUCCAGGGUCAAGGAAGUCAAACCUUGAACCAAUUGAAGGAGAACUCCAAAGUAAUGACAAGUCAAAGGUUGUUCAUGGAGGUGCUGUUUGGGACAUCUUUCGCAGGCAGGAUGUUCCGAAGUUAAUGGAAUACCUACAAAAGCACAAGAAAGAAUUUCGCCACAUAAAUAAUCUUCCUGUAAAUUCUGUUGUUCAUCCUAUUCAUGAUCAGACCCUUUUCUUAAAUGAAAAGCAUAAGAAACAACUGAAAGCAGAAUUCAAUGUUGAACCCUGGACAUUUGAGCAAUAUCUUGGCGAGGCUGUUUUCAUUCCAGCUGGAUGUCCUCAUCAAGUGAGAAAUAGACAGUCCUGUAUUAAGGUGGCCCUUGACUUUGUAUCGCCUGAAAAUGUUGAAGAAUGUGUUCGGUUAACUGAAGAGUUCCGCAUGCUCCCAAAACACCAUAGAGCCAAGGAAGAUAAGCUUGAGGUUAAAAAAAUGACGCUUUAUGCUGUAAGUUCAGCUGUGAGAGAAGCCAAAAGUCUUAUGUCAAAUGAGUAAUUCCUAAACUUUUUAGGUAUGAACUUGUAUCGGUUCAAUAAAGAAAGCAGUGUCUGGUUUAGUGAAAGGUAGAAAAAUUAGAGGUUAUAUAUUUUCUUAUAGGUUUUGUUCAACAUGAGAGGAUUUAAAUCGACUGUCAAGAAAAAAUACAUCUCAUGGCCUCAGGUCCCAACUAUUUUCACUCUUUCAAGAAGUACAAGCACUUGUUGGAGCUGGAAGUGGUUUAUGGAGUUAUAGCUAUGCCCUUAGGUUGUGUUUGGAUCACAUAUGUGAGUAGGGAUUUGAAAAGGAAAAGGAAAUGUGAGGGAAAUAUAAAUAAAAUACAAGCCUUUUUUUUUUUGGUCAAAUUUUUACCAAAAUUGAUGAUCCAAAUAUAGUCUUAGUAUUAUUUAAGUUUUUUUAAUUUAGUGAUGUCAAUACAAAAAAUGUAGUCAUCAGCACCAAAUAAAUCCUCAGUAAGUAGUAUGCGUGAAAAUUAAGAGUAUUUGGAGAUAGGUCAAUUUCUGUAAUGCCUAGGCUUGUAUUAAAUUCUGAAAAUGGAAUGUGAAAAAAAGAAAAAAGAAGGGGGGAAAUGGUUCAUCACUUGAUUUA